AUGAUUGUCGUAUCUGAGAUCGGAGACAAGACAUUCCUGCUGGCUGCCUUGCUAGCCAUGCGACAUUCUCGAUCGGUGAUUUUCCUGGGGGCCUUCUCAGCUCUUCUGGUCAUGUCCAUACUCUCAGCAGGUCUAGGACACAUCUUACCCACUCUCAUCUCCCGACGUUACACAGUUCUAGCGGCCUCAGGACUCUUCCUGGUCUUUGGGGUCAAGAUGUUACACGAAGGUCUUGUGAUGGAAUCGGGUACAGGAAAAGUUCAAGAAGAGAUGAAGGAAGUUGAAGAUGAAAUUAGGGAAAAGGAAGUAGAUAUGGAUGUAACCACAGCCGAGUUCAAUUCAUUAGAACAGGGUAGACACUCAAGUCCAAAAUCGACACCUCCUCGACUUUUAACGGGUGGUGGUAACAAGGGAUCACCGGGAAGACCUCGUCAUAAGAGAUCAAAAAGUCAAACUCAGAACGGACUGAAGAACUUGGUUUACCUAGUUCUCUCACCAGUCUUUGUUCAAACAUUUAUUAUGACCUUCUUGGCCGAGUGGGGAGACCGUAGCCAAAUCUCAACUAUCGCACUUGGAGCCGCUCAUAGUGUAUAUCUGGUAUGCAUUGGUACCGUAUUGGGGCACGCAUUUUGUACAUUCUUGGCUGUCAUGGGUGGUCGUUGGUUGGCUACUAAAAUUUCAGUUAAACACGUCACUCUAGGAGGUGCAAUACUUUUCUUGGUCUUUGGAGUGUUGUACCUCUAUGAAGGAUGGUUUUGGGAUGAAGUAGAAGGAAGUAUAAGUGAUGUGACUUCUGCUGCUACCAAGAUCAUCAGCACAAAAUCAGACAGUCCUUAA